AGGUUAGAAAUUGCGUAUUCAGUUGUAAACCUCUCGAUAAAACGUCUCCAAACCUUGUUUUUCCUGGUUCCUGCACGACUGCAUUGCUGUAUGAGAUAGUACGAAAGCUGGGCCAUACUAAGAAGUAAGAGAAAAGGUUAACCAACAAAUGAUACCAUGGAUCGUACGCAACCCAAAGGUUCGCCAAGAGUGCCAGCGGGCACCAUGGGAGACGGAGGGACGACCUACAGCGGGGUGAACCCAAACGCGGUGUGGCUGAACAGCCGCGGCAUCUGGCUGUCAUACGUCAUUGCCGUGACGAUCCUGCACCUCAUCCUGCUCAGCAUUCCCUUCCUCAACGUGGCGCAAGCCUGGACGCUCACCAACGUCGUCCACAAUAUCGGUAACUACAUUUUCCUGCACAUGUUGAAAGGCACGCCGUGGGAGACCAACUGGGACCAGGGCAAGUCUCGGCUCCUCACACACUGGGAACAGAUCGACUUUGGCGAGCAGUUCACCACCACACGCAAGUUCCUGUUCCUGGCACCGGUUAUCCUGUUCAUCCUUGCCAGUUUUUACACCAAGUAUGACCCCCUGCACUUCGUCUUCAACUUGAGUACCAUGCUCCUGGUGUUGAUCCCAAAACUCCCACAACUCCAUGGGGUCAGGAUUUUUGGAAUCAACAAGUAUUAAAGACCAUCGGGGAACGGGGUAAACGGAGGACAGGCCUUGAGGAAGUGUUGAUCACUUCACAAAUUCUUAGUAGUGCUACUAGUAGUACUGCAAUUCAGAGGGAAGAAGCUUAAAGACACCUAAAGCAAUUUCAGAGUGGUAAAACUGGAUUUUCAAAGUCAAUUUUCUGGUCAUUUUUGUAAUAUAGUAAGUUGAAUCAACCUUAGUAUCUGUGAGGCAAGAAUGCCAUGUAGCUGACCAAAAAUGGUUGAAUUUACCGCCCUGAAAGUGCAUUGAUAGAAACUCUAAACUUGUCACUAAAUUUGAUAUUUAGAUGAAUCUUUGCAUUACAUCAUAUGCAUUGAUUUUCUUUCUGCUUAUUCACUAGUUUAUUGCAAAUACACAAACACAAUCAUAAUAUGCAUUGAUGCAUAUACAUGAAUGUAAGUAUUGAUAAAGUUAUGAAAUCUCAUGGCUUUUGUUAUGUACGAGUGUCAUACAAUAAAUGGAAGGAGAACAGUAUGCUAUAUCAAGAAUACUAGGUUGGGAUGGUAUACUUUAUGUGGUAUGCUACUAAAUGUAGAUUCAACUUCAGUUUGAUAUGUAUUCCAUAAUAUAUAAAUAUAUAUAUAUAUAUUUGUGUGCACAGGAACCAUAGUAUGUACAAGCGGAAAUUUGGUGUUGUCUGAAAUAGAAAAAUGGCACCAAAUGAUUUUUUCCACUGUCAGCCUAGCUCAUUCACUAACUCACUCACCCACUCCAUUUUAUGCUUCACUCCCUAUACUAGGGAGAGAAAUAUUUUAUUUCUUCUUGUGUUUCUUUUUCCUCCUGCCAUUUCGAUCAAAAGAUUAAACUUUUUCUUUCUAUAUUGUAUUCUUUGACUCUGAAGAAAGAAAUGCCAGAGUAAGAAUUUUAUGUUUCUACUCUUAAUGUUUUGCAUUGGUGCUUGUGAUACCAAAACACCAGUAUUAUUUCAUUGUAAUCUUAUUUUGAGCAUGAUUUCGAGGAAGACCAUAUCAAGUGGCAAUCAACAUGAAAUAUGGACAAUUUGUAUGUCUUGAUCACAUGUAAUCGAGGAGUGUGGUGUGCAGGACUAAACUAGAGGGUUGUGGGUCAGUAAUACUCUCGGGGUCAGGAACAAAUGAACAUGAACUUGUAAUACCAAGAGGGAGACAUGUUUGUAUAUCUUAAAGAGAGAUGCUAAGGGUGAUUAUAUUUUAAAGAUUACACUGGAUUUUCAGAGAUAUUUUUCAUUUAAGAAUUUCUAGAAAACCUUCUAGACAACUUUCGUACAACUUUCACAAAACCCCCUAGCACCCCCCUGCCCAAGUUGGGUUUCUUAUUGAGUGACACUGACAGAAAUCUCUUUUUGCUGUGUGUACCACCGAACUUUGUGCUGCUGACAUUUCUUUUUCCUUCAUCAGAUGUUUUUUUAAGGAAUUCCAAUAUCUGCAUGGGGUUAAACCGUCUUAAUCAGCACUUGCUUAUUAACAUGAUGGCACUUAAUGUUAUACACUAUACUGGUCAAUAUGUUUAAAAACAUUACUGGGUCUAUUUUGUGUUUUAGUUUUGCCAAAGGUAUUGAAGCACUGCUGUUGAAUUUAAGUAUCCUUCAUUCAUGUAUUAUCAAUUCUGUUUUCUGAAAGGAUCUAACAAUGCUUAGUAGGGUGAAAGAAAAUGUAUAUAGCAAAGAUACCCACUUGUAAGUGAUGGCCAUAGGUUGUGGGACUGGUAACUUUGUGACAAAAUGUCCAUAAUUUCUAAUCUUACAUGGUGUAACGUAAUUCCCCCGGGUAGCCCUAAGAUCACCACAUUUUUUAAAAAAAUGGUGAAUUGCUCAAAAGUUUGAUCCUUAUCUUAAAGUUCAUCUGUGUUGCCUUGGACUUACCCAAAUUUUUGACUCCAGUCUUUGUCAUCUACAUCAAGGUUAAACUGUAACAUCCAGUACAAAAAAUUGGAUCCUUGCCAGUUUUAGAUUCUGCAUCAGUAAAUCUCUUUAAAUUCACCAUUUUUAAAUUUGGAGGUCUUAGUGUACCCGUAAGAUUAACAAGAGUUUACGUUAAUCUUCUAUGGUGUAGAAUUUCCUCUCAGAAAUGAUGAGGGAGUAAAAAGCAAUGCAUUACCAAUGCAACAUGUAUCUUUGUGGUAGAUGUCAGCUUUUUGUAGAGCAUUUCACUGUAUAUUGAAUAAAUAUGUUACAUGUAUGAUAAGGGAAAAGAAUAAAGACAAUGGUCAGGAACUG